AUGACUUUCACCAAGCUGGUCAAAAACAGCGCGUACUACAGCCGGUACCAAACGAAAUACCGUCGCCGCCGCGAAGGAAAAACCGACUACUACGCCCGCAAACGGCUCAUCAGCCAAGCAAAGAACAAAUACAAUGCCGCGAAAUACCGCAUGGUUGUCCGCUUCACCAACAAAGACAUCAUCACGCAAAUCAUCGUUGCCGAGAUCGACGGUGACAAGGUCUUCUGCGCCGCCUACGCCCACGAACUUAAGCGUUAUGGCAUCAAGCACGGUCUUGCGAAUUGGGCGGCCGCGUACGCCACGGGACUAUUGCUUGCGAGACGGGCGCUGAGUAAAUUGGACUUGGCGGAGAGUUUCACGGGCGUGGAGGAGGCGGAUGGGGAGUUUGCCCUGACAGAGGCGGCGGAGGUCGAUGGUGAAGAGCGCCGUCCUUUUAAAGUGAUCUUGGACGUUGGUCUAGCCCGCACGUCUACGGGUGCUCGUGUAUUCGGCGCUAUGAAGGGUGCAAGCGAUGGUGGUAUCUUCGUGCCGCAUUCAGAAAACAGGUUUCCAGGGUAUGAUCUGGAGAGCAAGGAGCUGGACGCUGAGACGCUGAGGAAGUAUAUCUUCGGAGGCCAUGUGGCGGAGUAUAUGGAGACGCUUGCGGACGAUGAUGAGGAGCGGUAUAAGAGCCAGUUUCAAGGGUAUAUUGAUGAUGAGGUGGAGGCAGAUGGGUUGGAGGAGGUGUACACCGAGGCACACAAGGCGAUUAGGGAGGAUCCGUGGAAGAAGGAUGAUGAGGAGGAUGGGGAGAAGAAGGAUAAGGAUUACUGGAAAGCGGAGUCGAAGAAAUACAGGACGAAGAAGCUGACGUAUGACGAGAGGAGAGAGAGGGUCAAGGCGAAGAUUGAAAAGGUGAAGGGCGAUUUGUGA